CAUCCCCCUUGCAAUGAUAUCUGGCGAUCCGGUCAUUAAAAAUGAAAUAUUUGGGAAUAAAUUCGUAAGCGUGAUUCGUGAAUACAGAUUUUAAAAUCGAUGGAAUCAGAAAAAGUUCAGUGCCACAACUAAAGUGGAUUAGAGAAGCAUUAGCCAGGAGAGUGAGUGGGCGUUUUUCACAUUGGCUUUUCUGCGGUUCUGCCUCUACUUUCCGUAAACUAGCAUCGCCAUCGUCAGCACUUAUCGUCACCACCAUGAUCCUAAUCGGGGCAUAUUCGCAGAACCAACUCUGACCAAUCCCACCUAGUUCUAAAAAAUCCAGAAUAUAAGGGAGUGGAGCUGGUAGGAAUGGCGGUGGAACGGUGGUGGAAAAGCUCCAAAGCAUAGCAAUAAGUGCAGGCAGCUCCAACCUAAUUCUGUAAAUCCAAACAACCGCCAGCACAACAACAUGUUGGAUAACCGCUAUAACAACAAUAACUCCCAUCCUUACAUCCAGAUUGCGCCGCUUCCUGCCAAUGGAUCCGGGCCAUAUGGCAGACGGCCAAUGAGUAGGAUAUGCGAUAUGUUGAAUCGGUGUGGGAAAAGGGUUGAAGAUGUCACUAGGAAAGCAGAGGUCUACGCUGAUAACGUCUGGCACCAUGUCAAAGUUGGCGCCAGUUUCACAGAUGCAGCAAUGGCAAGGAUUGCUCAAGGGACAAAGGUGCUUACUGAAGGAGGGCAUGACAAAGUAUUCCAGCAGACAUUUGGGAGCUUGCCUGGAGAGAAGCUCAUCAAGGCCUAUGUUUGCUAUCUGUCAACAUUCUCAGGCCCUGUGAUUGGGACGCUUUAUAUAUCCAAUAAAAGAGUGGCCUUUUAUAGCGAUUAUCCCUUCUGCUAUUAUUCUCCCACUGGACAGCAGCAAUGGACGUAUUACAAGGUGGCGGUGCAGCUCGAUAAGUUGAGUACGGUAAAUCCUUCUGCAAGCAGAAUUAAUCCUUCUGGAAAGUACAUCCAAAUUGUAACAACAGACGAUCAUGAGUUCUGGUUUAUGGGGUUUAUAUCAUAUGACAAAGCACUCAAGCAAUUAACUGAGGCUUUACAGCGCCCUCGUGACUCUAUUGGGGAAGUCCCUGUCACUAUGAUGUAGGGCAUGAACUCUCUGUCGUUCCCUCUCUCUAAAUUGCUGUUGGCAUGGCAGAAGAAUGUUUAAGGAUGUACUCUGAUAUAAGAAAGCUCAAGGAUGUAUUGUGAUAUUCAUAAAUUACUAUAUAUAUUUGUUUUAUUCCA